UUAUUCAGAUCUCGAAAUUUAAAAUUAUCUAAGGGUGACAAAUAGACGGUAAUCACUUACCAUCAUUUGAGGGCUUAAUUAUGACUAAAUCAUUGUCUAACGUAUCGAAAAGGAAAAUACAAACAAAAUGUCCGCCUAAAAACAAUUAAGAAAACACCUUUAAAUUGAAUCUAUUUCUUCGAACUCUGACGGACAUAUGAAAGUGAAAAUAAUUAAGAAAGAAAGAAAAACCAAGGGGGAAUGAAAGUGAACGGGCAUCUACAUUUCCGCCUAAAAACAACCUCACAACAAACACACUUGAUAAACACAGACGCAGCGGAGGAGGACCGGAGGAUACAAUCUCGCGAGUUUCGUCCGUCGUCGCGCACGCGCCCACUCUCUCUCGCUCUUUCUCUGUCUUUGAGAUUCAGGGGAGCUUGGACUCAAAGUAGUGAAUCAGUAAUGGCAGACUCAAUCACACCCAUCCUUCCUAACAAUCCUAACCCUAAUUACCAGGGCCCAGCAACUGGAACUCUUCCUCCUGCUCCUCCACCUUCAUUGUCACUAGAUGGAUCACCGCCGCCGCCGCCGCCUCCUCCAGCCCCAGCUUCGAGGAGUCCCGUCGUGUUCAGCUUCCCCAAGAGGCCUUCGAUUCGACUCACUUCCGAGUUCGACAGCGACUCCUCCGUCUUCUUCCACAAGGUCUCUUGCAAGCUGCUGGACAGCUUCGCCAAGCUGAAGCUCUCCUUCAGCAACAACCACAAGGGCGAACUCUCUCCGCCGCAGUUGACAUUUGUCUCCAAGAACCUCUCCGUUCACCACAACUUUGAAGAUCAAUCUACCCUCCUCAACGGCUCCGUCGAUGUUGGCCGGAGAUUGCAUCUCCGUGCUACCCAUCAUCUCCAGGCACAAGAAGGAGAGGCAACCGUGGUCGCGAAGCUUGCUGACCCUGGCUAUGCACUUGAGCUCUCUUCUCCUGUUCCUUAUGUUGGUAUGCCGAAAGCUACCCUAAAGUUCCCACUGGGUGAAGUUUCUAUGGAGGAGAAAGAAGAAGAGGAGGCGAAGAGAAUUUUAUCGAUUAAUGGAAUUGUAAAAAGCCAAAUUUUGAAUGGGUUGUGUACUGCUGAUUAUGCGGAUGAAGAUUUGAAGUUGCGAUAUUCAUACAAGGAUGAGGAGAUGUCUUUUAUCCCAACCCUUUCUCUGCCUUCUAAUGCUUUGUCAUUUGCUUUUAAGCGUCAGUUUAGUCCUUCAGACAAGUUGAGCUACUGGUACAAUUUUGAUUCCAACUACUGGAGCGCGGUAUACAAGCACACAUACGGCAAGGACUUGAAACUUAAAGCUGGUUAUGACUCAGAGGUGCGCCUUGGCUGGGCAUCUCUUUGGGUUGGAGAUGAAGGUGGGAAAGCAAAGACAGCCCCGUUGAAGAUGAAAGUUCAAUUCAUGCUCCAAGUGCCGCAAGAUGACAUUCGAUCAUCGGCUUUGAUGUUCCGGGUUAAAAAGAGAUGGGACAUAUAAUAGUCACUCUGGUUGUGGGAUGAUAUGAUGUAGUGCCCUUUUAUGAACAUUCAACUGCAACUCUGUUUCGAUAUCAUAUAAAUAUGAUAGUGUUGUUUUAUAUUUACCAGUUGAAAUAAUACUUUGAUAGUCAGCAGGUGACGGGCAGUCGAGACGGAAAGCUGAGAGGAUCUUGGAUAAGUACUUAUUUAUUAAGCAAUUGGGUUUAGUUUACACAAAUUAGUUGGUCUAGAUGAGGUCGUUGCUGGAUCAGAUGCUGAAGAAGAAGCAAGUGGCUGUAUAUUUUUGUCAUGUGGUCCUUCCCUGUUUGUCUGCUCUGUUGUUCCAGCUCAAAGAUAUUACCUUCGCGAGAGAUCCCUAUGAAAUUCACAGCACAUACAUCAAAUCGUAGAUUCAUAUCAAAGUUCAAUGAAAUUCUUGCAAGACAUGAAGCUGCAUUGGUCGCUAUUGGAGCGAAUUUGUUAAGAUAUUGUCCCGUUGGAGUACUCGGAAACAAUUGAGAAUUGACAAUGAACUAAUUUUUUUAUUUUUUAUUUUUACGAGUACAAGUUCUACACAGUGAGAAUGUCACUGGAUGCUAAUUAUAAGAAUGGUUGAUGCUAUUUACACA